AUGAGGUUUAUGUCAACUCUAUCGACCUUUGACGUUCCUUUUGAUAGUAAGCCGUUCCCCUUCACUCGAUUCGAGCCUUGCUGUCCAGAAGCGGCAAACGCCACAGCAGAAAAUGGUUUCAUACCUUGUAAACAACACCCAAUACCCAAUGUGUUGGGACGCAAGAUCAAUAUGACGGAAAAUAUGGUCAGACCGCCUUCCAUGCGCCAUAUUGUGGGUUGUGUAGGUCCCGAGGGUAAAGAGUGGUUUCGAUCCGAAGUAUUAACCGUGCAAGGGAGCAUUAUCAGGGAAAUUAUGCUAUUACAGAAAGAAUGGAUGGAAUCACAUCGUCCCGAAUUCGAACAAUUCCUGGUAGUACUGCCUACCAUCGCUGACCGACUACCACUAGCAGCGAAGAACAUACAGCCGCAAGACGGAGAACAGGAAGAACCCAAUCCAGAUCUUCUGUUAUUCCCAGAAUUCAAAUUAAUGCCGUCUUUAGUGCCAAAGCCAGACGAAAUACGAAACAAUAAAGUACUAUACGAUAUACUAGAGACGAUGUGGAAUAAUCCUAAGAAGCCCAUACCUCAUCAAGAAAAAUUGCAAGAUAUUUCGGCCAAUACGGUUAUAUUUGUUUGCACUCAUGGUAGAAGAGACAUGCGCUGUGGUAAAAUCGGUCCACUCAUUGUAGACGAAUUUAGAAAAGUAUUGAAAGAGAAAGGUUUAGAAAAGGAAGUCGAGGUUUGGGGAACAAGCCAUUUUGGAGGUCAUGAAUUUGCCGGCAAUCUGAUUAUCCAUCAAAGAGGCCUAAUUAAGUCAUGUUGA